UCCUUCCUGCUGGUCUGACUACUCCAUUCAUCCCCCCCUAAUCCAUCCAGCGCCACUUGAUCCAAUCUCUCCUUGACCUCUCGGAUUUUUCCCUCGUUUGCCCCCCGCCAUCCACAUUCUCCCUGCGAAUUCACCGCCCCCCGUCGAAAGGACACGGAUGCGAUCUGGAGGCUGGAUGCCGCAUGGUCUGCUAUUGAGACCCUCCAAUGGCUCUUUGCCUAGGCGAUCGCACACCCUGAGUUGAAUCUCCUCCACCCCCCUUUCGGAGGAGUUUAGUACUCUCUCCCCUCCAUUCCUCCCCGAGCAGAUCGAUUCCUCCUUUCAUCUCCUUCGUCGCCAGGGAUGAGUUUCCAGAGCGGGUUCGUCGAUACCUUGAACCCUGGGACGACCAGUACAAAUACCAGCCGCCGAUCGACCUCCACCGUCCGAUCUCGUACACGCCGCUUCGUGCCCUCCACCGACGAUGACGACGAGGAGAAUGGCCGACAGCUGCAGUCCACCAGUCUGUCGGCCAUGCCGUCCCGCGACCCGUCGACGAUCCGCUCCCGCGGCAACACGCCGUCCCCUUUCCCAUCUCGAGGCGUGUCGCCGAUUCCCAAAAGCCAUCCAUCCCGUGCCACCCAGUCUCCCAGCCGCAACGGUCUGAAUAGCUCGCUGGGAGGUUUCUACCCGUCGGGCAAGGGUCCGGUCAAUUUCGCCGACUCGUCCCGGGCGGCAGUGGACUUUCUGGACUCCUCGUGGUCGUCGCUGCAGAGCUUGGCCUCGUCGGUGCUAGGGAGUGACAUCGCCCGACCGGCUACGAAUGGAUCCGCUCGAACGCAUGUCCGGAAACCCUCGCGGCCGGAUCCGUACACGAGGACGGCAUCGCGGACGGCGGCUCCCGCAGCCUGGGGUCCCGCCGUGUCAUCCGGGCCGGAAAUCGGCGCCGGCACCCAGGAAGAACGGCAGGCUUUUGUGCAGGCGAAGAAACGGGAGGCGUUGCUGCUGGCAGAUGCGGCCGAACCCGGGAACCCCAGUCUGCGCCACAAACGACGAGAUUCCAGCGAUCAGACGGGUCACUCCGCCAUUGACCCGGAGCGGGAUGAGGAGGCGCUGGCAUAUAUUCAUCAUGUUCAGGCGACGGACUCGAUCACGGGGGUGACGAUACGAUAUGGCUGUCAGCCUGCAAUAUUUCGAAAAGCGAAUGGAUUCUGGCCCAUGGACAACAUCCAAAGCCGCAAAACCGUUCUGCUGCCGGUCGAUUCUUGCUCGGUCAAGGGUCGGCCUGUCGAUCCUCGGGGGCAGGAUAAUCUACUGGAUGACGACGAUGCCAGACGGAAGUCAUUGGAGGAUCCGAACGGCAGCUCGAUCGCCCCGGUGCCUGACCCGGACUCCCCUCGCCCGUUUGAAGGAGGCAAGACACCGGAUACGACGGAGGAGGCGGAGGGCGAUCGCAUCUGGAAGCACGAGUCGUGGGUGCAAAUCGACGGAUUUCCAGCGCCCGUGGAAAUUGGUCGGGUGCCUCGCCGGGCAUUGGGGUUUUUCCCACGCACCCGACGAAAAUCAGUGUCCUAUACGGAUUCCGGAUCCCCGUCAGUGUCAGGACGGGACCGGACCGCUCCUCCGUCGGCUUCGUCGUCACCUAUUGAACCUGCCUUGUCACCGGCCAUCUCUACACGACCGCACGCGGAUUCGUCGGCAUCGAGAGGCUCCUCUCAGUACAAGCCUAAAAUUCGCCAUCAGCGCCAGCGCAGUAACAUGCAGCUCUCGGCGCCCGGUGUCGGGACCCUGGACCGCGAUGUUAUGGCGCCGGGCCCGGCUCAAGAUGGUCUUAGCAAAUGGUUUGCUCAGCAUCUUCCCAACCUCGCCCCGGCCCCGGCUCCGCCAAAUUUCGAAAACACGUCGGAGAACGCGUCGACGGCGAACUCCAACACGCCGACGACUAGUCUUGACAACAUCGGCGGUGCCGUCGAAGGCUGGGUCAGAAAGAUGACUACCCGGGCGAAGACGAGCUUCAACGAGCUGCAGCAAGGCGCAUCGUCUCCUGGCACCGGCAUGAGCCCGGGAAUCAGCCGCCGGGGAACGGGCGACUUGAUUGAGCUCAACGACGGGCUGGAAUCCAGGAGCACCUCAGGGCUGCUCGGCGAGACGCGCUUAAGACCCGAAUUCAAUCGAUCCGGAUCCAGUCUCCAUGCCGGAGCAUCUGUGAGAGAGCGGUUUCCCAGCCCUGCAUCCGGAACGAGCGGGACUCGUUCCUUUGGAGACCGUUACAAAGACGAUUGACGGCAUUGCUUAUCCAUAAUGCGAACACUCUUCCAUACCCACUUUUUUUUUUUUUUUUUUUUUUU